CCCUCAGCAUCGGUAUGCAGAACCCCUUUCGCCCCAUACGCCUUAUUGCCCUUCAGAGAGGCGUACACAUCGCGAUAUCUGCCAGGGAACAACAGCAACAGCGCCAGCGCCAGCAACGAUAUCCCUCGCUAAGAGGAGACGAUAUCCUCGACCCCAUCAUCGUACCCCCCGAAGUCCAGAAACGCACAUCAGCACUCAUGGGGUUCGCUUCCCCUCCCUCCCAACCGCACUCCCACUCCCAUUCCCAGCAGGCCUACUAAUCCCCAACAGAAGAAGAAAGGAUCAUAUACCACGGCGCAGACGUCGGCGUCAUGCCCCAGUUCCCUACUCCCACCGCCGCCCAAGGCCAGGGAUACGGCUCCUUCCCAGGCUACCUCUCCCUUUCCGCCCGAGGUCAAACCACCGCUCCCAAACCGUCCAACCCCGCCCCUCAGACGGGAGUGCAAGGCGAGCCCAAACGCACCCCUCCCUCCCCUCCCGCCCAGCCAGCCCCUAAACGCUCCAAAACGUCUUCCACCGACGCAUCUAGCCAGAGCCAGUGGAGCCCCACGCAGCCUUGCCCGACAGAAAGCGACACCAAGCGCGCCAUGGCUGGGAUGACGAGCACGGUGAAGACCCGGCCUGUAGCGCUGUUGAGCGGAGAACAGAAAAAGGCGAGCCAUAUCCAUUCUGAGCAGAAGCGACGCGCUACGAUCCGGAAAGGCUACGAGGCGUUAUGUGAGGUCCUCCUGAGCUUGAGGGACGUCGUCGCUGCUGGUGGGGAGAGAAAGGGGAAGGGAAGGAAGCGACAGGAAGAAGAGGAGCUCGGGCUUGGAGGAGUGGUAAAGAGCGAAGCGCUUGUCCUUACUAAGACGAUCGAGCACGUCGAGUCCCUCCUCGCAGAGCGUAACAAGCUCCUAACCGAACACGCGCACCUCGCCUCCUCUCUCCCCGCACACGAGCGUCCUCCGCCUUACGUCCCCGGGCAAAUGACUUCCCUCCAGCCGGGAGCUAGGGAGCUCAGAGUGUGGGAAACGCCCUGGUACGGAGGGAGUGGGCUGCCCCCGGCUCAUAUGAGGGAAGCGAUGAUCUGGAUGAAAGGGCUUGGAGGGGAGGACGAGGAUGAGGACGAGGAGGGGGAGGAGGAUUGAGUGCCGGCUGUCCUGUGCGCUGCCGUGCGGCUGGCUGGACGUUCCAACCCCUCGCUCUUAUCCAACCCGAUUUCCUGAUUUCUUAUCUCUGCCUCUUACCCUUCUCAUACCGAAACACAACGCAUGCGCUCGUCUAUUGUCCCCUGACUCGGACACCUUGCUGACCGACCGCUUUCUCAUUCUAAGUCUGCAAUGUAUUGCAUUACAGAGGUGGAUUUCCACCAGCCCUCAGUCCUGAGCAGCCGUUUUGCGUGUUGUGACGCGGGUCUUCCAAGCCAACAAUACGAAUCAUACCCGUUCCACUGCAAGGCCUCAAGCUUGCGAUGAGCUUAAGAACAUGCUUCAGCCCACCGUCGGGGCUGCAAAGUCGAAUCAGACGCACAGCCGUACCUGAAAACUUGCCUCAUCUAUAUGCGCUUGUACACGCUGGAGCACCCUAAUAUU